UGUCAGCACCGAGCUAAGACGACACAACACACACUCUCUCUCACACACACACACACACACACACACACACACACACACACACACACACACACACACACACACACACACACACACACACACACACACACACACAGAGACCCUCUGCUAUGGUGAUCCACAUAGGCGGCGUCCACAACUUCAGCACCGCGGAGAGCGCCCCCCCGGACGCCAGCCUGCGCGGCCCCGGGGCUCCGGAGGCUCCGGACGGCUUGAGCCGCGGCGGCCACACGGCGGUGGCGGUGUGCCUGGGCUUCAUCCUGGUGGCGGGCAUCGUCAACAACUCCCUCUCGCUGCUGGUGUUCGCCCGCUUCCGGUGCUUGUGGACGCCCAUCAACGUGGUUCUGCUCAACAUCAGCCUGAGCGACGCGCUGGUCUGCGUCUUCGGAACCCCGCUGAGCUUCGCCGCCAGCCUGCACGGACGCUGGCUGAUCGGGGAGUCGGGCUGCAGGUGGUACGGCUUUGCCAACUCUUUCUUCGGGAUAGUGUCGCUGGUGUCCUUGUCCGUCCUGUCGUACGAGCGCUACGUCACCGUGCUGCGCUCCUCCCAAGUGGACAUGUCGGACUUCCGGAAGGCCUGGUUGUGUGUGGGGGGUUGCUGGCUCUACGCCCUCCUCUGGACGCUGCCUCCGCUGCUGGGCUGGAGCAGCUACGGGCCCGAGGGCCCCGGCACCACCUGCUCGGUGCAGUGGCACCUGCGCUCGCCCAGCAGCGUGUCCUACGUGGUCUGUCUCUUCCUCUUCUGCCUGCUGCUGCCCCUCCUGCUCAUGCUCUACUCCUACGCACGCAUCCUCAUCACCGUCAGGCGGAUGGGUAAGAUCAACCCGGUGACAGCACAGCGCAGAGAGCAGGCGCUCCUGAGGAUGAUGGUGACCUUGGUGUCCUGCUACCUGCUGUGCUGGAUGCCUUACGGCGUGAUGGCGCUCAUCACCACCUUCGGGGGCGCCAGGCUAGUCACGCCAUCCACCAGCGUGGUGCCCUCCAUCCUGGCCAAGUUCAGCACCGUCAUCAACCCCGUCAUCUACGUCUUCUUCAACAACCAGUUCUACAGAUGUCUGAUGGCCUUGCUGCGCUGCAGAGCCGAGCCGCUGCAGUCCGUCCAGGAAGUGCGAGCCACCCCGAGGUCACAGAGGUUAUCUGCUCUUGCACGCGGUCCUCCCAGCGGCCGCCAUGGCCUGGUUGUCCGCUACACGCCACAUGCGAACGUUGCUCAGUGACGAGCAGACUUCUCAGCAAAGUCAAAGUGUGAUUGUCGGUUUUGCACAAAGACCGCCUGGUGCUGAUGGUAAGUCCGUCUGUGACGAGCGGUGUGCUCCUUUCAAGGUUUCACCUCGGCCAAAGCAGGUCAUGUGACCACACGCAGCAGACUGAAGCGAGACCACCACAGCGCAGUCAUCAGGAUGUUCACCACCAUGUGCCCUCAUUAACAACAACACUCCGCUGGACUGAUUCGUCGACUCUUAAUUCUAGUCGGACUUCUACAGAACGGGAACUAAGUUGACUUUCACAAACGUCAUACAAGUGACUUUUACAUCAAGUUAUAUGUGACCGAGAAUGUCUUUUCUUGUCCUUGUAGAUACUGUACAUACUGUAUGUUGUGGUGCAUAUAAACCAGGGAGUCUCGUGGGGACCACAUUGGGCUGAAAAACC